AUGGCAGCUGAAUUAGACAUUGUGAAUCUGAUUAUAAUUGCUGGGGGAACACUGGCUAUUCCCAUUUUGGCAUUCGUUGCUUCCUUCCUUUUGUGGCCCUCCGCACUCAUUAAAGUGUACUAUUGGUACUGGAGGAGAACUCUGGGUCUCCAGGUCCACUAUGCAGACUGUGGAGGCUACCGCUUCUGUUAUUCUUGCCGAGGAAAGCCAGGAAUGAGACCUUCCAUUUUGAUGCUGCACAGCUUCUCUGCUCAUAAAGACACCUGGCUCACACUUGUCAAGUACCUCCCAAAACAUCUGCACAUCCUGUGUGUGGACAUGCCAGGCCAUGAGGGUACGACACGCACCAACACAGAGGAUUAUUCCAUUGUGGGUCAGGUCAGAAGGAUUCAUCAGUUUGUAGAAACCAUUCGCUUAAACAGGAAACCUUUUCAUAUGGUUGGGACCUCCAUGGGGGGAAAUGUAGCUGGGGUGUAUGCCGCCACCUACCCUUCUGAAAUUUGCAGUCUGACUCUUAUUUGUCCAGAUGGUAUCAAACAUCCAUGUGAGACCAAAUUUGAUAAUCAUCUGCAAGACUUGGAACGUAGUAAUUACACACUGAAUAUUCCACUGAUCCCAACCACACCGGAGGAGAUGGAGGACAUGUUCAGACUGUGUUCACAUGUUCGCUUCAAGAUUCCUCAGCAGAUUCUCCAAGGAUUAGUGGAUGUCCGAGAGCCUCAUAACUCAUUUUAUGAAGAAGUGUUUCUCGAGAUUGUUAGUGAGAAAUCCAGAUAUGCCUUACAGGAACACUUGCAUCUCAUCACUGCACCUGUACAAGUGAUAUGGGGCAAAAAGGACCAGGUGGUUGAUGUGUCUGGAGCUGAAGUCAUUGCAGAAAUCUUGCCAGGAUGCAGAGUGGACAUACUGGAGAACUGUGGCCACUCUGUGGUGAUGGAGAGGCCUUGUCGCACAGCCAAACUCAUGCUACAGUUCAUUAUCCUGCAACAAGAAGCAAGAGGCGGCACAAAAAAAUCAACCUGA